AUUUUCCAUUGAUUUCACUCAGAUUUAGUCGGUACCACGAUUGCUUAGGCGCUGGUACUCGAUCCUGUUAGAUUCAAUGAUUAUAAAAAAUUUAAUUAAUUAUUAAUCUCAAGCUAACACUAGCAGGUGUUGGUUUAUUACAAUUUAUACCUUAUAAAAAAUACCAGUAAUUUUCAUCUAGAUCAAUGGCCGAAAUCGUCGAACCCAAAGAGCAGCUAGCGGCCACCAUCGUCCGUCAUUAUGACAACGGAGAAAACGAUCUAUCAGCCCGAAACGAAUCUCGUAUAUUGUACUUAAGAAAUUUUAACAAUUGGGUCAAAUCGACACUUAUAAAAGAGACCGCAUCUAUAUUUAAUGAGGAUUUACACGGUGGUAAAUUGAACGUGCUAGACUUGGCCUGCGGCAAAGGUGGAGACUUGAAUAAGUGGAGAAAUACGAGCUGCAUGGAAAAUCUUGUGGCUGUAGAUAUAUCGCCAGGUUCGAUAGCUAAUUGUCAAUCUCGAUACGAAGAUAUGAAAAAAAGAAAUAGAUAUAUUUUCAAAGCCAAAUUUAUCGUAGCCGAUUGUACAAGAGUGCCUAUAAAUAAAGCUUUUAUUAAUCCCAGAGCGAGAUUGCAUUUGGUUAGUUGCCAAUUCGCAUUUCACUAUUGUUUUGAAAGUUUUCAGCAAACUCGAUGUAUGUUGAAUAAUGUAUCUUCCAACCUAUGUAAAGGAGGUUAUUUUAUAGGAACAAUACCUGAUGCAAACGAAAUUGUGAGGCGUUUAAAAGAAAAUGGAGGCAAAAAAUUUGGUAACAGUGUCUACAAUAUCGAAUUUGAGUGCGAUACUGACAAACUUCCAUUAUUCGGAGCUAAAUAUAAUUUUCAUUUGGAAGGCGUUGUUGACUGUCCCGAGUUUUUGGUUCACUUUCCUUUAUUAGAAGAGUUGGCAAAAAGCUAUGGAUUAGAAUUAAAAAUGAAAAUGAAAUUUUCAGAAUACUUUGAGAAAUAUUACUCUAAGGAUCUCAACUUUUUAAAUCGUAUUACAGCACUAGAGUUAUAUCCACCGCGUGAAGGAAAUAACGUUAUGGGAAUGACAGAGGACUAUGUAAAAGCAGAACAGUUUUUAAAAGCAAAUGACACCAGAAGUAUAGGGACACUUACUCAAUCGGAAUGGGAAGUUGCAACUCUCUACAUGGUAUUCAGAUUUGAAAAAACACACGACCAACAGGAUGACUGAUCAUAUAAUAGUGAACUAUUUUAUUAUUGUAGAUACAUUUUUUAAAAUUUAUAGUCCAAUUGAUUAUUAUUUUAUACUUAAUACUUAUCAA